AAUGACCUUAUUGAGCCAUCUGAUUAAUCUUUUGAUCAAAGAACCCCCAAACAGGUCAAAUCGGUUGCAGGGGCCAAAAGGGAGCAUAAAAGGGUCCCACUGACACCACAGGCAAGAACAGGAAUAGCUGAAUUUCCCAUUAUUUUCUUCAGCGGACAAGCACAGUAAGAUGAUGUAUGAGGAUGAAGCGAUUUGCACACCAGGUUUCACUCCUCUCACUGUUACCACCCCACCUACACUACAUGGUUAUGUAAGUCUGUACCAAGCAUUACCUAACACCGCACAACUUGCCAGAUGGGGCUCCUCGUGCUGGUGAAUAUACUAAAACACGAAGUGCAUACCCUGCUGCCUAACUCGCACACGGGUCCUUGACAUAGAAAAGGUCUGGGAACCCCUGGGGGUAAAAUAUAUCCGAGGCGCGGGCACGAGAUCAUUGGCGCGCGCUCCCGGUGGCGAGUGCAGAUCCUCCUCAGCAGUCUGUCAGUCAGUCAGUCCGACCGUCGCCGCGCUCCGGGAUGACUCCCACACUGCCUCAGCGAUGUCGCACCCGAGCACAGUUUUUACCCUGAAAACAUCUACCUCAGACGGUCGGCUUUAAGCCCGUGUGUGCCUCUGAGAUAAGCGUUUCUGGAGUGCGAUGCUGACAGCAUGUUUGCUCGUCGAGAAGCACAGCGCUGUGCAGCAUAAAGGAGGCAGCAGAGUGGAGCAACGUGCACAGUUACAGCGGGCUGUUGCAGUCAGGCAGCAUCAUGGAGGCUGCAUGUGUGGUUGCCGCGGUGAUUGAGAAUGCUGCCUCAGGACCCCGGGGUGAACCAGGAAGUAGUGACGUCCUUGAGCGAGAUUUAACACCAUCUACUGACCUGGGCAAAGAUGAUGCCUUACCUCAAACCACCAACAGUAAUCCUCCAGAAGAGAAACAGCUACAGGAGAUAUCCACUGCCAUGGUGAGGAGUGAUGACAUCACAGAGCACCCGGCCGAGCCCCUCCUGCGCUCCUGUGUCAGCACAGCUAGCAUGAAGGUCAAGAACAUGAAGAAGCUGACGUUCCCCAGAGGUCAUUUCCCCAGGUUGGCAGAAUGUGCCCAUUUUCACUAUGAGACUGUUGACUUUGGCAACGUCCAGCUGGCCUUCGCAGAGGGGCAGAGCGAAGGACUGAAAGCUGGUCUGGACUCCAAAGAGCUGGUCUUUCUCAUCCAGAUCACUUGCCAGGGUCGAAACUGGCUCAUCAAGAGAUCCUACGAAGACUUCCGGGUGCUCGACAAACACGUGCACUUGUGUAUCUAUGACCGUCGAUACUCGGAGCUCACGGAGCUGCCAAGAUACGACACAUUAAAGGACACCGCUGAGUCAGUAACCAAGAUGUUGGCCACCUACCUGUCCCGCUUUUCCGCCAUCGCUGACAACAAGAUCAACUGCGGUCCAGUGCUGACAUGGAUGGAGAUUGACAACAAAGGGAACCAUCUGCUGGUGUCUGAGGAAGCCUCAAUCAACGUCCCUGCCAUCGCCGCUGCCCACGUCACCAAACGUUACACAGCCCAGGCUACAGACGAGCUGACCUUUGAGGUGGGGGACAUUGUGUCCGUCAUAGACAUGCCUCCUAAAGAAGACACAGGCUGGUGGCGAGGGAAACACGGCUUUCAGGUUGGUUUCUUUCCCUGCGACUGUGUCGAGCUGAUAAAUGACAAGAUUCCCCCCAGUGUUCAAAGCUCGGUGCCAAAGCCAGUGUGUAAGAAGCACGGAAAGCUUGUAACGUUCCUGAGGAGUUUCAUGAAAUCUCGACCGCCGCCGCAGAAGCUGCGACAGCGCGGCAUCCUCAGAGAGAGGGUGUUCGGCUGUGACCUGGGGGAACAUCUCCACAACUCAGGACACGAAGUCCCACAGGUUGUUAAGAGCUGUGCUGACUUCAUAGAGAAACACGGAGUCGUGGAUGGGAUCUACAGGCUGUCUGGGAUCUCCUCCAACAUCCAGAAACUGAGGCACGAGUUUGACUCCGAACAGAUCCCUGACCUGACCAGAGACGUGUUCAGACAGGAUAUCCACUCAGUGGGCUCCCUCUGCAAGCUGUACUUCAGAGAGCUGCCCAACCCGCUGCUCACCUACCAGCUCUACGACAGAUUCUCAGAGGCCGUGUCUGCAGCCACAGAUGAGGAGAGGCUCGUCAAAAUCCACAAUGUCAUCCAGCAGCUGCCUCCUCCGCAUUACAGGACUCUGGAGUACCUCAUGAGACACCUGUCCCACCUGGCCACCUUCAGCUCCAUCACUAACAUGCACACUAAAAACCUGGCUAUUGUCUGGGCGCCAAACCUCCUCAGAUCCAGACAGAUCGAGUCAGCCUGUUUUAGUGGCACAGCGGCGUUCAUGGAGGUGCGUAUCCAGUCGGUGGUGGUGGAGUUCAUACUCAACAACACUGAGGCUCUCUUCAGCCCUAAACUCAAUUCCAUAAUACGGGAAAGCACAGGUAACAACACCUUAUCCAGACCUAAGUCUCUGCUGGUCUGCUCCCCAUCCACAAAGUUAUUGUCUCUGGAGGAGGCCCAGGCUCGCACUCAGGCACAGCUGGGCUCCCCUGCCACCACUCCCUGCCUCACCCACAGCGACUACAUCGAGGUUGGGGAGGGACCCGGAGCUCUGCUCGGCAAGUUCCACACAGUCAUCGAACUCCCGAUGGAGAGCAGCAAGCGGCCCCCUGCUAAAUCUAAGAAGUCUCCUGUGGGGAACUGGCUCUCCUUUUUCCACCUGGGCAAGUCCCAGUCUGUAUCUAAACGUAAACUGAAGCGACACCCCAGCGAGCCUAACGAGAUAAAGAGCAUUGCACUGCCAGGAGGAAGAGGAGAUAGCGGCACCUUGCGCUCUACCAAAAGUGAGGAAUCUCUCACCUCUUUGCAUAAUGUGGAAGGCGAACCUCCGAGUUACUGCACCCGCAGACCUCGUUCAACCAGUGAGGCCAUUUCUGCUGUCUGUAGAGAUGACUUGCGCAACACCAGAAGUAUAGACAACCACAGAACUCACCCACUGAAUGACAGUCGUAGUGGUGCCGAUCGUGUCCGCACUCCAGCAUAUAUUUCACCUCCGCACCAGGAGGACGAUCUCGAUCUUUGUCCACCAGCUGCGGGCAUCUCUAGUUUGGACUUUGACCCCAUGUCUUUUCAGUGCAGCCCGCCUUCAGCGACGCCUGGGCUGCAACGCAACAAAGAUGGGAAUAAAUGGAGGAAGAGCGCGGGGUGUUCGAGUGAAUCAGAGCCCAUCUCUUCUCCUAACAACAAUAUUAGCUGCUCUCAGUCUCCAGAUAUUAGCCCGCUUCUCAGUAAAGGUGGGAAGAAGGUUACCUCUAAGCCACUCUCUCCUAAACUCAGGAAGAAAUCUUUUAAGACUCAAGUAGAUGUUCAGAAUACGUCAGCCUCUCCUCCACCUCUUCCUUCUUCUUCUCCCCCAGUGGAACAAUGUGAAGCUCCAUUGGCAGAUGGAAAGGCGGCGAAAGUGCCCUACCAACACUGCAGUCCACUCAGCUCAGCAAGCCAGGCAUCAGCCUUGACUGACCUCAGUCAGUCCGCCCAGAACCUGCCUGAUCCAGGAACAGAUAGACUUAUGAGUUCAGUGUCUGUUCUCCCUCCUCACCCUCCCCUGACGAGUGCUGCACGCAAGUUGGCUUUGGCUCUGGCUGAAUCUGCCCAGAAGGCCAGCAGUGUCUCACAGAGAAAAAACAACAUCCCAUCACACCCUCUCCAAAGAGAAGAAGCUGCUCCCGGCCUGGACAGACCACCCCGACCCUCUGUUCUUGAUCUUAAAGUGUACCCCCAGGAGUACUGUGGCCCUCAUGUUUCGUCUGUUUCCCAGUGGCAGACAUCAGUAGCUGACCCAGUGGAGAGCCACUGCUGCCCUCAUCCUGUUACCCAUUACCCUGAUACCCAUUUCCUACCUGCCCACCUCAGCACAGAGCCGUUGCAGGUCACCGAUGGACAGGAAAGCGUGUACAAUUUCACACCUAAUGUCAGCCCGCUCGGGUCGGGGAGCUUGGAUGAAGGCAGUGCUGAGAGGAGCAACCGCAGAGAGGAAAAAGAGCUUAGAGAUGUCACACAAGCAGAACCCACGUGUCAGAGCAUUGGCGUUUCAACACCCACCCAGCCUGUGUGCUCCUCUCAGAGCCCGUCAACCUCUCCUGUGUAUGUGAACACUGACUCUAUCAAUAUAUUUAAUUUCCGUGCUGUUCUGGCAGAGGCCUCCAUGCCUGCCUCAGUCGAAGAGGUCCUUCCACGUCCAUUACAGCCCUCCUCCAGUCAUCACUACAGCCCGGAUGAGGACAGACCUGUAGGCCUGGUUGAGAAUGUCUAUAGUAAUCAUCAUCAUCGUCAUCGGCAUUGGCCAAUUCAAACAGGAAGAAUGCCUGCACCUCACUGCCCUCGGCCCGAUGCUCUGCCACAUCACCUUGUGAGGCCAAAGAGUAUGUACAGGCAAUCCUCUGAAAGCCGCUACAGCACUUUAGGGUUAAGGCACCCUUUGUCACCUCAGUGCAGACGCUACCAUAGAGAUGAGCACCUUAUCAGUGGCUGCCACAGGCAACAAAGCCCGUGGCAAAGGUCAGAAGACAGACUAGUCGGCCACCCAGCCAUCCGUAGGGCUCGCUCCUUCCAUGCCCCUCAGAUUAGUCACUACGAGCUGGCAGGCACAGAAAUCCUGCCCCCUGACACCAUGUUUUAUGUCGAGCAAACGUCAAGCCAGGAAGUGCCCUAUCAAAGGCUGGUUCAGACGGGCAUCCAGCCUGUUCGACCACACUAUGACAACCCACGUGCUGACUAUCGUUACAGCCCGUAUUCUGAUGUGAACCCAGUAGAUGGUUCCUGCUAUUAUGUAGAGCCCUGCCAGGAAAGUGGGAUCCGACACAGUCAGUCGUACACCAUGCGUUCCACAAGGGAUGGUGGACAAUCAGAUUACUACAACUACUCUCCACGCCGCAUCCCUCCUGUGAACAGGGAGCUCUACAUAGAAAGCAGGGACACUGUUGUUUACCAGGCUAGAGACUCAGAAGUUUUUGAAAGAGUCAUAUAUCAACCAGUCAAGCAGGAGAGUAAGUCCAGACAUAAAAAUACAUGUCCAGCUGCGUUUCCUCCCGAGAGCCCGGACUCGGCAACUGACACAAGAAACAGAGACAUAAUGCACACAAGAAGCAAGUCAGACCCUGGAAACGGCUGCCUUCUGUCCAGCAACAGAACAGAAAAUCUAAAUUCUGUGUUAGGUACGUCACCAACAUCCCUGAGGUCUCAACAGGCCGACCCUGAGGUCACCAAGCAGCAGUAUAGUCACCGGCUGAAUGUUGAGCCAGGAUCAUCGAGGCGGAUUCAGAUCAGGCAGCAGCCACCACUUCGCAAAGUCCCCUCGCUUCCAGAAAGGGCCUGUCCCAACCUCAAGAACGUGGAGCACAAUAACAGAAGCCAUACGCGGGGUCAUGACCAGGAUCGAUUAAUGACCAGUGCUGUCAACAGCUACUCUGGUGCUGUGAAACCCGGCAUCCUUCGGAGACCGGGGAGAUCACAGAGCACCAGAGAAAAUCGUCACCACUACCAUCAGCAUUCCAAAUCCCCUCUGGAUCCUGAACAUCUGGGAUCCUUUUCCACUCAGCCCAACAGAAGGACUCAGAGCACUAAAGUCAGGCCCACACAAUAUGACCACAUGGAGGGGUAUUAUGCGCUGCCCAAACUUAAACCCACAAGAUCUGGUAAAGCCGCGGCCGGAUAUUUGCCUGGCCAGGGUUGCAUGUCUCCCCUCGGGCACAGACUGCUGUCCAAGGCUCUGGGUCAUGAGGCUUUUUAUCACGCUGCACCGAGAUCAGAGGCCGGGGUGUACGAGUGAUUCUGACCACUGGUUUUAUCUGAUUCCACAUCGGGGCCAAAGGAGAACAGCACUUUAUCCUCUGCCAGACCAACAGACUGUUGUGUUGAAAGCGUGUUCGUUUUAACCUUCAGGAGCUGCUAAAAAGUGUGAAGUGAGGCUGCUGCUGGGGAUCCUUCUGUCGCCUUCACUGUUAGCUUCAUACGUUGCAGUGGCUUUUGAGGGAGCUCAAAGGGAACAAGUGAAUCAUAUGCAGAUAUUGUCUUAAAUUUAGAGGUUUGAAACAGUAAGAGAGGCAUGUUGGAGAAAAUGGUGGCUUAUAUAUUUUAUUUAAUGUCUAAACAAGAGAUGAAAAGCUAAAGUAACUGGUUUUGUUAAUAUGACUUAAGUAUAGGAAUGUGUACAAAAUAACAUUCAUUUUAAAUGUAUUAUAUUUGUAUAAAUAACACACAGCUAACAUGUGGCCAAUGUACUGUACAUUUUGUUUUCUAUUCUAGUCUGCUCAGACUUCAACAAGCACUUUUGAGAAUAACUGUGUCUGAAACACAUUGUCUUAACGUGGUGUACAUGAAGCCUCUUGAUAUACAGUAUAUAUUUUUUCUCUACAAAACGGCUUGCUUUGAAUCAUCGUUAAAUAUUAAAUUAGCACUUUUGGGGUAUAAAAUGGAUAACCUCACAGUUUCUGACUUUUGGCUUUUUUCUUCAUUAUCACACAUUGUAUAAUGCAUUCUUAAAAUAACAACCACAAUUUCUGUUAAGGUCAAAGCUACUGUGGCAAAAUAUGCUAUACAUACAGUCAAUGCAAAUGAGCUCAUUCAGUUAGGUGAAAAAGUGUAUUUUGUAUGGCAUUGUGGUUUUGUCACAAAAAUGAAUUUUUCUUUCCUCUUUUAGGGAACUUUUAACAAUGUGGUGUUUUACAUAAAUUAUGAGGUUGUUUUAUUCAUUGAAGAUGCUAUUUCAGAUCAUGUAGAUGAGGAUAUUCUGUUAAGACAUGUUAAAUGCGUUAUUUUAGUGAGAGUCUUAAAAAAAAAAUAAAGAUAUACUAUAUCAAUGA